AUGCCACCGUCAAGGUCCUCAAUUCCGGCAGGGCUGGUGCCGGUCGCGUCUGGCGACGUGAAGCAGCAGCGGAGGACGUCGCGCGCCCAGCAGCUCGACUUUGAACAGGCCCUGCGCGCCGGAGGCACAGUUGUCAUCAAAGAGGGCCGUGAUGUCAAUGAGCUGGGUGCAGAUCUUUCCAACUCUUCCCCUUCUCCCUCUCCCUCCACCCCCGUAGCCGACAUGCGCACCCCCCGCCCCGCGCCACCCACCAUCGUACCACCCACCCCUACCCCACGCUCCGCCUCCUCCUCCACUAAACCCUCGACCCCGUCUCCCUCGCCCUUGAACGAACAAUUCUAUGAUGCAGAGGACCACUGUGACGUUCAAACGAAACGCCGUUCGAUGUACCGCUCCCCAGGGACGGCUAGCAGCCCCGAUCUCGCUACCCUGGUCCGCAAGGCCAAAGAGAAGGGCAAUUACGUUCCAGCCAAUUUCCCGAAGGAGAAGCGCAAUGACCCUCCCCCGCCCUUGCCGUCCCCCAUUACUGGCAUACGAACUUCCACCACUCGUCCCCGCUCAUCCACCUCCUCAGCUGUCCAUUCUCAGCCCAUCACCCGCCAGCCAUCGACCCCCCUUCCAAACAAAUACUAUCCCGACAGAGCCAUCGGCGCCGACUGGGUCAUUCCAAGUCCCAGCUCUCGACUCGCCGCCGCCAAAGGUUGUAACACCGACAAGCCUCCCAAAAGCUCCGUCAGGGCGAAGACGAGUGCAUUCCUGGGAAAGAUGCUUGGUCAGUCGUCCGUCAGAGAUCGUACUCGAACCAAUUCGUCGAAUUCUGGUCCUCGAAGCUCGCCGGCAUUUAUCGAUGCCUUCGCCCCGCCUGUACCUCCGUUGCCUAAUGACACUCAACGAACACCGAUCGCCUCCCCUGUGAACGAUGUCUUCCUGAGCCCACGCCCAAGCACAGCCGUGAGCACGUCUGAAGAUAAACCUCUUCCACUAAUACGCGGCAGUGCCCCUGUUGAUGAUGGACGCGACUCUGACGACCAGUCUGUCGUUCUUGUUGACUCGACCCCUCGUAUGCGCGGCAGAACCCCUUCGCCCAACACGCGAGGCAUGGACAAAGCCUCCAGCCCUGUAGGUAGACUGUCCGGGCACCAGAGACAACGAAGCUCGAGUCUCAAUGAUCUGGAUCUCCAGCGAACAUCGUCUUCGCGUCCACCGAGCCUGCCUCCCAAGGAUAACCAAGAAGCUGCGGGUGGUCAGGGAUGGGAGUCGGAGUCGUCACUGAAUGGUAUACUCAAUGACUUCCGUGGUGUCUUGUCUCAGCUGGAUCCUGAUUCAGGUUCCUCUUACGACUUACGGGACCCUUCAACACCUGCUCGUCGAGCUUACCUACGCUCCAGGACUGCACCAGCAGAAUCUGUACAAGGUAGCGAAAGUAACUCCUCUGUUGCUCGCGGCGUCAAUUCCUCAACCUCUGUUAUCACACCCCUGCCAGAUCCGUCUCCCAAUCCCCCACCAAGCUCGCAGUCGACUCGAGCGCCCGAUCCUAUCAUACCACCGCGAAUUUCCUCGCUAAACGCUCCUUCAAAUUCACGUUCGGGUCAACUGACCUCUCCGAAGUCUACGACAGCACUCAGACAUGGACCAAGCCCUUUACGAACUCGCGGCUCUGGAGUAUCGGUGCCAUCUUCGUAUCGGGAUACCAACAGGUUACGCGUACAUCACCAUUCCAUUGCAUCAAGUUCCGAGCCUUCUCUCAUACCCCCACCUAAUGAGCCGAAACCUCAUAUGCACAGCUCCCAACAGGAUUUGACAGCACAAGAUGCGGCUCCGAGUCGCUAUGCUUCGGCGACUUCGCUGGCAACACCUCAAGAAGAGAUGGGUGACAUUAACGAGACUGCCAAGGAGCUGGCGGCAAAAUGUUGGAUAGAGGAUGAGGAGUUCCUGGCGAAAGAUAAGCUGUCGGAGUGGCUUGGUGGACACAAACAGAUUAGCAAACUCACGCUACGACAUUACAUGGGAAACUAUGAUUUCACGGACUUGAGAUUAGACCAGGCCUUCCGGAAACUUUGUGGCAAGCUGUACCUGAAAGGCGAAACUCAACAGCUCGAUCGGAUUCUUGAGCAGUUCAGCAAGCGAUUUUGGGAGUGUAACCCUAUCCGUUUGUACGGAAAUGCCAGCGUCGUUCAUGCUGUGACAUAUUCCCUCCUGUUGCUAAACACCGAUCUACACAUCGCCGAGGUGGUCAGUCGCAUGAGCAGGACGCAAUUCCAACGCAACACCAUGGAAGCUAUCAAGUUUUCACUCCAAACCACGUCACCAACUUCGGACAAUCGAGAUGACAGUAGCGCACAUUUUGCUGAAGGUUCUGAAACCAUGUCAGCGUCGAGGUCGAAACGUAGUGGAAGUAUCACCAGCUGGAACAGCAUCUCAAAGGAUACCCUCAUGUCGUCAGCUGGAGUGUCUACCGUUCCCUCCACUAUGCAACCAUCUCUGAAUAGCAGUAGCACAUCAGUGCAGCUCUCAGCCGGUCCUGACUCGAAAUCCGCGAGUAUGAGCACGCUUCUCACGGACAAGACAUGGGAAACCGAUAUGGAGGGCCUGCUAAAGGAAAUAUAUAAUGCAGUGAAGGCUCAGCAAAUCUUGCAGCCUUCUGGAGCCAUGCUCGCGGCUCGUGGGUCGACCUCAUCCCUCAGCCCAGGGACCGCCCAUGUUAUGGGUCGGAAUAGGAGCUAUCGUGGAGCUCAAGAUCGGUUUACAACCCUCAAGCGGGGUAGCAUCCGAGGGCUCCAAACGAUUAUCGGUGUGCCUAUUCCUGGACAAAGCCCGUACAGCAGCAACAGCAGCGUGGAUGGCCGCACCAGUCCAUCACCAAGCUUUGCAACAUCUCUGAAUGAGAAUGUGCAAAGCUCUAUGGCAGCCUUCUUGACGCCGUCGCUGGGAUUUGCAUCGAACUUGUCGCACACCAUCAUCAGGGAAUCACGGGAAGACGAAGUAAAUAGCAUUGAUAGCCACGACUCCAGCUCCACGACCAUCAGCAUCUCCGACGAGGAACUAGCUCUUCUCGGUGCCCCAUGGGCGAAGGAGGGCAUGCUUUGCCGGAAGCAAUACUGGGAGUCCACUGGAAAGCGGUCAAAAUCAAAGAAUUGGAUGGAUGUUUUCGUCGUGAUUCAAAAGGGCGAGCUCAAUAUGUUCUUGUUUGGGGAGCAUGGAGGUGGGUCAUCGGGGGUAGUUGGCGGCGGCAACUGGCUGGACAAUGCUCAACCUGUUGGCAACGUCCCUCUGGCCCACUCGCUAGCACACGCUCUCCCACCUCCGGGGUACAACAGACAGCGCCCACACUGCAUGGUGCUCACACUGGCCAGCGGUGGCGUUUAUUUCUUCCAGGCAGGAACUGAGGAGCUUGUAAACGAAUGGGUGUCGACUUGCAACUACUGGGCCGCGCGUACUAGCAAGGAGCCCCUCUCCGGCGGCGUGUCGAACAUGGAGUAUGGCUGGAAUCGGGUUGCUGACUCCUCUCCACACGGACGUUCGAUGACAGAGGCCGACACGACAUUUGACCGCACGGAUACCAUGAGCAUACGGAGCGCCAAGAGCAAUAAGAGCAAAUUUAAUGGGUGGAGGGAAGGCGCGGCGACCGUCCGCGCGACGAGCUCCCCAUGGGCUGACAGAACGUUCAUCAACGACUGGAAGCCACCCAUGCCUCCGUCUGUGGCGAGUACCAGUGAUGAGGAGACCCAGCUAGAGGCUCUCCAGAAGUAUGUCAGCACUCUCAAGAGGGAGCUCCAGGACCACAACGAGCUUCGACAGCCCAUGAUGUCAUUGUAUGCCCCGAGAUCAGCCAACGGCACAAAAGCGCUGGCUAACUGGGAGAAGAAGUCACAAUACCUCCUGACAGAAAUUGUGAAAUACGAGUCGUACAUUGAUUCGCUUCAGUCUGCCAUGGCGCUCAGGCUGAAGAAACGGGGCGAGAAGGCACUCGAGCGCGCCCUGAGUGGUGCGUCCCAUGAAGAAGAAGCGCUCAGUAAUGCGAAAGGAAAGUGGAGAGGACGGCCGGAAGAGGACACGAUCCUUGAGGCCGACGAGCCUUCAAUAUCAUCUCAGUUCCACCGCCGAGAAAUGGCCGAGGGUGGAUGA